GCUGAGGGAACUUUCUACCAGUCCCUACUUCACGGUGUUACUUCACACUUCAUCUUUAAGAAUGGAGUGAGUGAGUGUCCCCUCCCUCAAAAUCCAUUUCAAUUUAACAUGUCUCUAACAUCACUCUCCGCCAUCCGCCACCGCACGGUGGCGUCCACCACCGCCACUCUCCUCAUCCGCCGCUUCCGCUCCCUCCCCAUCUCCGCCGCAGCCCGACAACCCAAACAAGACGCCCCAAGCAAAAACCUCCUCAAAGCAAAAAAACACUCCCUGAAAGAAUUCUCCACUCUCGGCCCCGUCCUCUCACACGACAACACCCCUCCCCUCUCCGAAUCCCAGGCCGUCGGCGUCGUCGCCGCCUCUCAGGCCAACUUCAUGCGCGUCGUGCUCCCUUCCGGCGGAGUUGAGCUUCUCUGCGUGGUGAGGGCGCUUCUGAAGAAGAUCAAGCGUAGAGUCAUGGUUGGUGACAAGGUGCUUGUUGGUUCCAUCGAUUGGGUGGAUCGUAGGGGCAUGAUUGAGAACGUUUUUCAGCGGAAUUCGGAGAUUCUUGACCCUCCUGUUGCUAAUGUUGACCAUUUGCUUGUGCUUUUCUCGCUUCAGAACCCUAAGCCUGAGCCAUUUACGCUCACAAGGUUUUUGGUUGAAGCUGAGUCUACUGGGAUUCCUCUUACUCUUGCACUCAACAAGAUUGAGCUUGUGGAUAAUGAGACCGUGGCUUCCUGGAAGGCUAGGGUACGGGAUUGGGGCUACGAUCCAAUUUUGUGCAGUGUUGAAUCUGGACAUAACCUUGAUCUUCUUGCGUUCAAAUUGAGAGAUCAAACAACAGUGAUUGUGGGUCCUAGUGGAGUUGGGAAGUCUAGCUUGAUCAAUGCCCUUAGAACAAAUCCCCGAGUUUGUGAAACUGCAGAAGGGGAAAAUUGGUUUGAACCUAUUCUAGGUAGCAAGUGGUUUGAGGAUCAGCGAGUUGCGGAAGUUUCAACAAGAAGCGGCAGAGGGAAGCAUACUACUCGCCAUGUCAGUCUGCUUCCAUUAUCUGGAGGGGGAUAUCUUGCUGAUACUCCUGGAUUUAACCAGCCUAGCUUGAUGAAAGUGACAAAGCAAUCUCUUGCAGAAACUUUUCCUGAAAUCAGGAAAAUGCUUAGUGCCAAUGAGUCUGCAAAAUGCUCCUUUAACAAUUGCUUGCAUCUGGGUGAACCUGGCUGCAUUGUGAAGGGGGAUUGGGAAAGAUAUUCAUUCUAUUUUCAACUUCUGGAUGAAAUUAGAAUCAGGGAGGAGUUUCAGUUGAGGACAUUUGGAACUAAAAGAGAAAGUGAUGUAAGGUUGAAAAUGGGAGAUAUGGGUGUUCAGCAAGCAGAACCUAGGUUGGAACCUAAGAAGCAUAGGAGACAAUCUCGGAAGAGGAUCAACCAGUCAUUUUUAGAUGAAGUGGAUGAUGACGACGAUUUGAUUGACGAGGAGAAUGAUCCCGUUUUAAGGGCAUUGAGGAAUGAAAACCCUUAAAAAUACGUUAAUCCCCCGAGCAAGCAUAGCUUGUAAAUAGUCUCUUUCUGGGUAUCCACUUGUAUGUUCAGUUCAACUUAGUUCCCAUUACCCUUUUUUUGUGUGUUUGACCUUCUCUCACAUGUAGGCUCAAUCGUGUACAGUGUGCAGAUGACAGUAAUGGACAUAGCAGUCUUAAUGGUGAAUUACAUGAAGGGUGUGAUGCAUGCUGAUUGCCUGUAAUUGAAUUACAAUCAGCAUUCACUCUUUUGGGACACCGAUUGUUGAGGGACUUGGUGAGAGUAAGUGUUGAACACACUUGUUCAGACGCAGAGAAAACACUGGAUUUCCAACUUAUGUCAAUGUUGUUAAUCCACUUGAGAUGGUUUUAGUUCAUCCGCUUGAGAUGGUUAUAUUGCCAUGACCAAUUGAAUGUACAACAAAAGUGACCCCUAACUUCAAACUACUGGACGUCCAUAGAUGUCUAAUCUCCAUAAAUGUUAAUCCUACAAAAGGGCAAACACCAAAACAUGAAGGUAUUAAGAGCAGUGACGAAUCUCCAUGAACUGGAACUUCAUGUAUAGAAGUUAUAAAUUGUUGAUU